AUGGAACCAAAAAUAUUUAAUCUUUCCCAUAGACAACUAACGGAUUCCGAAAUAAAGUUACUGUCUAAGGGUCUAAAAUACACCCCUACGCCUCAAGUAAAUAAUCAAGAGCUUAAAACGGAUAUAAAAGCUUAUACUCGGCGACUCAGGCUACGUGAAUAUUUUCAUGAAAGUGAUACCAGUGAAUCUGAUUCCGAGUCUACAGACGCAGAAGAAACAGACCUUGUUAGAAACAAAUCCAAGUUUAACCCAAAACGAGGAAGAAAUAAAACUUUGGAUGCUGUUUGCGACACAUUGGAAAAUAUUCAUUUCCCAAAUAAACCCAGGACUAUUAAACCAAACCUUUCUAAGGAAGAAGAAAAGGCUCUUAAAAACCUCAGCGAUGAUCCUACCAUCAUAAUCAAAGAGGCCGAUAAAGGAGGCGGAGUCGUCCUUAUGAAUAAGGAUUUUUACAAAAUAUAUGGACCACUAUCGGAGGGCUUAACAGAUAAGGAAAAGGACUACCUGACAAACUUUGAAUUCCGAGAGAGUCAAUUCUAUGGUUUACCUAAAGUGCACAAGUCUAAAAUUAUAAAGGAUGCCAUAAAAGAGCAAAAUAGUAUAUGUAUUACAUGUGCUGAUCCCGCUGAUUUAAGCUUCAGACCAAUUGUAGGAGGACCGAACUCUUCAACGCAAAGACUGAGUCAUUUAUUGGAUAUACUUUUAAAACCAUAUUGUCAAAAAGUACCCAGCUUUGUGAGAGACGAUCUUGAUUUUAUAAAUCAUUUACCUACUCAUGUCACCUCUAACACCAAACUUGUCACACUGGAUGUUGUUAGUUUGUAUACAAAUAUUCCUACAGAAUUGGGAUUGCUAGCUGUCAAAUUCUGGACUGAAAAUUAUCCCGAUGUUCUAAACAACAGGUUUCAACGGGACUUCAUCCUAGAGGCUCUAAAAUUAGUUCUAGAUAACAAUACGUUUGAGUUUGCAGACCAUCAUUACCUCCAAAUUAAGGGAACAGCAAUGGGGACAAAAGUCGCACCUACCUAUGCAACAUUAACCCUUGGUUAUCUAGAACAUAAAUUACAUGAUCAACUGUGUACGUUGUGGGGGAUAGAAUCUGCAAACAAAAUACGGUCUAAAUGGAAAAGAUUUUUAGACGAUUGUUUUAUCUUAUGGGAGGAGGAUGUCAAUAAACUAACGGAGUUUUAUGAUUUACUUAACCAAAUGAAUUCGGAUAUUAAAUUCACGAUGGAAACAGAUGAUUUGCAAAUGCCAUUCCUCGAUGUUCUUGUAACAAAGGAUAAUACCAGCUUAAAUACGGAUAUUUACUAUAAACCAACCGACACACACCAAUAUCUGCAUUUUGGAUCAAGCCAUCCCCAUCACACUAAAACAGCUAUACCAUAUAACCUCGCAAGAAGGAUAUGCACCAUUGUGAGUAAUACCAAUAUCAGGGAUAUUCGACUGGAGGAAUUAAAAUUGUAUUUAUUAAACCAAAAAUAUCCAGAACAACUUGUAGAUAAUGGUAUAAAGAAAGCAAAGGAGUGCGAUAGAA